AUGGCCCAUGUCGGCGCCUUUCCCCAGGUCCAACGCUACAUAACCACGCACAAUGACGAAGGCAAAGCCAUUUUCUCAACAGCCUUACCCGAGGAAAGCACGAUGAAAGAGCUGCCCGAUAACAUGGCCUUCGCCCUCUCUUACACCACCGCGACCGGCUUCCCCAUCUCCCUCGCAGAAGACAAGGACAUCGAGAUCUACUCAUCCUACCUCAACAGUCCACCCGGUCUGAACAUCUCGAACGGCUCCGUCCUUCGGCAUGUCGACCUUGCGCCCGACACCACCUGCGCCAUGCAUCGGACCGUCAGCUUGGACUACGGGGUCGUGCUUGAAGGCGAGAUGGAAUUGAUACUAGAUAGCGGGGAGAGGAAGACGCUGAAGAGAGGGGAUGUGGCGGUCCAGCGGGGUACAAUGCAUGCGUGGCGAAAUCCAAGCAAGACGCAAUGGUCGCGAAUGAUGUUUGUUCUACUGCCGUGCCAGCCUGUGGAGGUGGGCGGGAGGAAGUUGAAGGAGGAGUUCGAGGGCCAGAUGCGAGGCGUGAGGAGCUCGGAUUAG